UCAAGACAGGCUGUCCGCCUGAGCUUUGCAGGGACGGGCUUUGUGGAGAUGGCGAUGGUGCUCUCGUCGUCGUCGUUUUGCUUCAAGAAUUCGUUUUCAGUCCCCUCGGAGCGGCCAGAUCACUAUUGGUAUCCACACAGCAUUCUAGCCCCUGAAGUUUGCUUGUCCGUGUGCCCGACCUACACUCCUUGCCAGAGAGCAUGACAUCACUACUCGGAGGGGAAUUAAAUCGAUUCUUUAGCCAUGAUUGCGGUUCUACUGCAGCAUUGGAGCGAGCUGGUUUCUAUUAGUUCUAGGGUUUGUGGGAGGGUUUUAGGGUUAGGCGAAAGGUGAAGGGAGAAAGAGGUGUUAGAUGGCGAGGAUUAGGAUCACAUUGCAGGUGUAGUGAAGUGGAGGGAGUUCAGGUGCCAGGGUGGCAUUGCUGGGGUUUUUUUUCUAGGGAAACGAAGGGGGUCAUGUGGAGCUGCAGGUGCACGAAGUUGUGGAGAGUGAAUGUAAUAAGCGUUUGAGUUGUGGAUGCUGCGGGAGUUGACGAUGAAUGUGCUAUGAAAAUGGAGUUUGGAGUUGGUUUAUGACGUGCUCUUGAGAGCUGAGGAAGCCUUUGAGGGACGAGGAGAUUUGGUAGUAAGUUUGGUCCACUUUCUGCAAUGGAGCAUGACGAGGAUGUUGAUGAUGAGAUUCACGGAGCUGUGGACAGUGCCAUGGAGGCUAGGUUUGAGAAUCUGAGGUUGAUUGGCAAAGGUUCCUUCGGGGAUGUUUUCAGUGGAUUUGACAAGGAGUUAAACAAAGAAGUAGCAAUUAAAGUCAUUGACUUGGAGGAAGCAGAGGACGAAGUUGAGGAUAUUCAGAAGGAAAUCUCUGUACUAUCACAGUGCCGGUCACCUCACAUCACAGAAUAUUAUGGGUCUUACUUGCACGCAACGAAAUUAUGGAUUGUUAUGGAAUACAUGGCAGGUGGUUCUGUAUUAGACUUGCUUGAGACCGGACCACCACUCGAUGAAGUUUCUAUAGCAUGCAUUUUACGGGAGCUGUUGCUAUCACUUGAUUACCUACAUUCGGAAGGAAAAAUCCAUCGCGACAUUAAAGCUGCCAACAUCCUACUUACGGCUAAUGGAGAUGUUAAGGUUGCAGACUUUGGAGUUUCCGCCCAGCUGACACGGACUAUGUCCAAACGCAAGACGUUUGUUGGAACUCCAUUCUGGAUGGCUCCAGAGGUUAUACAGAACUCUGGAGAUGGCUACGAUGAGAAGGCAGAUAUAUGGUCAUUGGGAAUCACUGCCAUUGAAAUGGCGAAAGGGGAACCACCUUAUGCUGAUUUACACCCUAUGCGGGUGCUCUUUCUAAUUCCCAAGAACAAUCCCCCACAGCUAGAUGAUCAUUAUUCGCGUCCAUUCAAAGAGUUCGUAUCUUUUUGUCUCAAGAAGAAUCCUGCUGAGAGGCCAAGCGCGAAGGAGCUUUUGAGGCAUCGAUUUGUCAAGAAUGCCCGGAAGAGUACCAGGCUUCUUGAUAGGAUAAGAGAACGGCCGAAAUCGCACAUUAGCAAGAGCAAAGACGUACCCAGACCAGCUGAAGCUUUUGAGAAUGAGAGUAGCAGUAAGGAAAUGGGAGCGAAGGGUGAUAAUGGUGUCUACCCUCCUCUGAGCUCUCGGCGCAAGCCUCUCAGAGAUGCCAGUUGGGACUUUGGGACUGGCACUAUUCACACUACUGGCACUCUUCGAAGCGGCUCGACGAAUUUGUAUACAGACCAAGAUAGGACUGGCGGGAAUGAAAAUACCGUACUUUCAGGCAGUGAAGCUUUGCCCAGCCUUCUGAGCAAAGCUGAACUUGAUUAUCAAAUUGAUGCCGGACUCAGGGAUGCCAGUAUGGAUGGGAAUGGGUUUCGUAGGAAUAGCUUCGGUAUUCAAAGAAAAUUAGAUACUGAACAGUACUCUCCGAGUGACUAUGGGUCCUAUGCAAGCGCCAGUGGCACUGUGAAGGCCGCGUCUACCCUAGAACGACCCUCUCUGAAGUCUUUGUCGACCUCCUUGGCUAACACUGGAGGUAAUCGUAAUGAAGAGGCCUCUGAAAUUUUUGCAAGCGGGACUAUAGUACGAAGCAGCACGCCCGACGAGGGGGGCUCUGUUCCAGGAACUCCGAAGGCUAAGCAAGAACCUCGAGAAGACAGUGCAACAAAUCUUGCCGAGGCAAAAGCUGCCCUUCAGGCCGGAAUGAGAAAAGGAGGGCCAAGGGGCCCUGCGCCUGUGAAAUUACGAAAGGAGGCAUUGGAGUACGCAAGUGACCCUCGAGAGACUCCUCGAGAAACCCCUAAAGCAACACCGCGGGCAAGUGCACGGGCUAGUGAGGAGGAUGUUGCUCGAGCAGCUGCAGCUGGUGCAUCUGCUGCCUUGGCUCUACUUUUAAUCCCUGCUCUUAAGGAGACCGCAGCGGAGCAGUCAGAAGGGCCUGCCUUAAGGGCUGCAGCUGAUGCAGCCGACGCUUUGAUGGAUUUGGAGCGGCUGGCGCCAGGUGCUUGUGAAGUUCUCGUUAGCAAACUGUUACGACAAUUAGCAAGGAAGGACCAAGCUCCCGUGAAAGGUUUGCAGAAUCUGGCGCGCCGGCUGCUGUCUUCGUCAGAUAAUGGCAGUGAAGUUGGGCAUAUCCCAUCUUCACGCGAUCAGCCUGGGAAUGUCAGACACAGAUUUCAGAGGGACAAAACUGAUGAUUCGGGUUUGAGUCCAGUGGCUUCAUUCUUACUUCACAGGUGGCAAAAUCAAGUCGCAAAAGACCUUAACGCACGUCGCUAGAAUUUCAUCUGCAAAGUCUAGUCAAGCUAUAAAGCACAAGCGGGAGGAAUGCAAACAGGACAUGCCAUGAGCACAUGCCUGGAUCCAUGAUCACCAGCGCCCUAAGUGAUGCGAUGUGUGAGAUACCAGACCUCUAAAUCCACAUGUAUAUUAUGGCCCCAGAUACAAAAACCACGUAUUUUCAGCACGUGUGUUGCCUUCUCGGUGUGAAAAAGCCCCAUAAUCUGUCAUUCUGCCUCCAGAGCAGUGACUGGACCUCCAUACUUACACUGACCCUUUCAUGGGACACUUAGCUGGCUUAUAGGAGAAGGGAAGCCAGGCCAGGCCGGGCACAAAGAAGCCUAGUACCUGGGGUACUGUUGCUUCUAGGGUUCGGAACUCAUGGCUGAACAGAAUUGUGUUUUCUGCAAUAAAGUUUAUGUGCUGCUGCUUUGCA